CUUGACUUUUCUCAUUGAGGCUACCAGGCAGCAGUAGUCCGUGCCCAAGCCUGCAGGAUGGCUUCAGAAGGAGCAUCUCCAGUGCUGGGAACGGAUGUGACCAUGAACCCCGGUGCCUCCUUGUCUACUUUCACGGCAGUGCCCUUCCCUCCACCCAUUCCUGGCGCCCAGCACCGGCCACCCUGGCAGCAGCACUUGCCACCUCCCAUCACCCCAGCAUUCCCUCCUGGCAGCAGCCUGCUGCUGCCAGCUUUCCCCAGGACGCCUUUGGUGGCUAAUGGUGGCCAUGGCCCCAGUGCCCCUGGGGCUUGCAACCUCACUGUCCAAGUCAGGUCACAAGGGAGGCCAGUGGAGGCCCCCCAGACUCAGACCUUUGUCGUUGCUCAGGCCCCCCUCAACUGGAGCGCUCCAGGGGCCCUCAGCAGGAGUGCUGCAUGUCCUGCACCCGUAUUCAUAGCAACCCCUGUGAUGGGGACUGUUGCGACUGCUCCAGCUGUUGGAGUUAGUCAGGCUGGCAAGGGAGGCUGGACCCCAGGCUUUCCUCCUCAAGCUCCACCACCAGCUGCCCAGCUGGCCCCUAUCAUUCGCCCAGUGAACCCUGGGCCAUGGCCACAUGGCACUUCCAGGGAGGGCCGCCUGGCCACCAACCAGUCCAACGCCUCGCAGGACGGCUCCUCUAACACCCAGAGCGUGUACAGUAACUUCCGACGUUGGCAGCACCUCAAGCCCCUGGCCCGGAGACACUUUCACCGGAGUCCUGAUGCAGAAAUACUGACCCCGAGGGCUUACAGCCCAGUGCUUCGAUCCCUGGCCCGCCUGAAUCCCAACAUGCCGCUGGAGGAGGGACUGCGGAGGGCCGUGCAGGAAUGGCGGCGCAUAAGCAACCUUGACCGGAUGAUCUACUACAAGAUGGCGGAAAAAUCCCAGCGGACCCCGGAGCCCAAGGCACCCAAGGAGAUUCCCCCUGAGGCUGUGAGGGAGUAUGUGGACAUCAUGGAGGCGCUGGUGGGGCCCGUCCACUCAGCCACUGGCGAGUCAGUUGCAGAAUGUGGAGAGGAUGGAAAUGAGCUGAAGCAGGAAGAGGACAGCACCUACUUGGACCCGGGUCUCUUGAGCUACAUUGACAAGCUGUGUUCCCAGGAAGACUUUGUCACCAUGGUGGAGGCAGUCAUUCACCCUCGAUUCCUGGCAGAAUUGCUUUCCCCAGACCCACAGCUGGAUCUCUUGGCCCUUGCUGAAGAGCUGGAGCAGGAGGAAGGACUCACCCCUGAAGAACUGGUGCAGAAACGACUCCUGGACUUGAAAGAGGACGAGGGUGGGCCGGCAGCCCCGAGCCACAGUGCACCCGGAAUGGGCUCAAGUCCAUCUGAGUCCCACGCCGGCCAAGGUGCC